AUGAGGCAAAUACAGUCAGAGCAAUUUCAUGAAGAUAAUCGUUUGCAGAAGCUGCAAACAUUCAAAGAUAAGGAUGGAUUACUACGAUUACAAACAAGAUUGUUUGAUUGUGAGGAAACAGAAGAGUUUAAGAGUCCUAUUCUGUUACCUUCAAAACAUAAAGCGGUAUUGAAAAUGGUGACUGAAGAACAUAAAAAAUCUUUCCACGCAGGACUGUCUACUUUAUUAGUGAGAUUAAGAGAAAAAUAUUGGAUAUUAGGCGUCAGGAAGUUAGCUAAGCAAGUGAUUUCUAACUGUGUUAUAUGUAAACGCCAUACAGCUAAACCUCUGGAAGUGCCAUUCGCCCCAUUACCAAGAGACAGAGUCACCCAUGCAGGUGUUUUUGAAGUUUCCGGGGCUGAUUAUGCCGGGCCUUUGUAUUUGCGAUCAGGAGAAAAGGCCUGGAUCAAUUUAUUUACAUGUGCGGUUUACCGAGCUGUACAUUUUGAGCUAGUUAAGUCAAUGUCAACAGAGUCAUUCAUCUUAGCAUUAAGACGAUUCGUAGCUCGAAGAGGAAGAAUUGCUGUUCUCUACACCGACAACGGCAUGAGUUUUGUUGGAACGAACAAUGUGCUAAAGACGCUCGACUGGAAUAAAAUAAGCUCUUAUUCCACCACAAGACAGAUUUCUUGGAAGUUCAUUCCACCAACCGCUGCCUGGUGGGGUGGUUGGUGGGAGCGCAUGGUUGGGAUGCUGAAAGGCCUUUUGAGAAGAAUACUAAGUAAAUCUUCUGUUACCUACGAGGAGCUUUCAACAAUAUUAUGCGACUGUGAAGCAAUCAUCAACUCGAGACCGUUGACAUACAUAUCAAGUUCACCAGAUCAACUGAUGCCCUUAACUCCGGCUAUGUUUCUGGUAAGUGACAACUGCACCAAGAUUGAAAAUGCUCAUCUAGAUGUGGUAGACAGAACCUUGUUGACAAGAAGGUCCAAAUAUCUACAGAAAUUAAGAGAAGACUUACGACAAAGAUUUAGAAAUGAAUAUUUUGCACUUCUAAUUAACCAAGGCUAUAGGAAAGUUAACUCAUUAGAAGUUGGUGAUAUCGUUUUAAUAGGGAGUGACGGAUCCAAGCGUAAUGACUGGCCUCUUGGAGUAGUAAUAAAAAUCUAUCCUGGAGCAGAUGGCCAUUCCAGAGUAGCCAGAGUAAAGACACAACAAGGAGAGAGACUGCGGCCAUUUCAAAGGCUAUAUCCCUUAGAACUAUCUGCGAUUGAAGUUAGUUCUUUGAAAUUACCUUCGCUGGUCAAAGAGACCUCUGCAGAAACAACCUUUUUCUCAGGAACGAGAAAAGAGCCUGGGAUACCUUCAGACGUGUUUGUGGGAGAAGAAACAUCUAACAACACUCGGCCCCUUUUGAAAGAAACCAGAUAUGGGAGAAAGAUUAGAGUACCUGAACGUUUAAAGAUGUAA